CAUUAAUUGUGCACAUAACAAGUUGACGAAGAAGUAUAUUUCUAUGCCGCAUUUCUUGUUAUUUUAUUGCAAAAAUGUUUGAAAGUCAUUUUGAUUCGCCCGCAAUACCUGUCCUUGAGACAGUUGAGGAUAUUGAGCGACGUAGAGCACAAGUUUUACGCCGUUAUGCCGAGUUUAAAGAGGCUACGCGUUUCAAACGUCUCCGUUUGGAGGAAGCGAAGCGUUAUCACCAGUGGAAACGCGAUGUGGAUGAAUGUGAAAUAUGGAUCAAUGAAAAGCUUCAAAUUGCAAGCGACGAGUCGUUUAAAGAUGCUACAAACCUAAAGGUUAAGCUACAGAAACACCAAGCUUUCGAAGCUGAAGUAUCGGCACAUACUAACACAAUUAUCACCAUCAAGACAAAUGGUGAACAGAUGAUUUCGGAAGAGCAUUUUGAAUCUGUGACAAUUAAAGAAAGGCUUGAUCAUCUGAUGCAUUUAUGGGAAUUGCUUUUGCAACAAUCUGCAGAGAAAGGGCGCAUGCUUCUCUUCACUCAAAAACGAGUAGUAUUUAUUCGCGAGUGUAGUGAAGUUUUGAUGUGGAUUUCUGAUAGGGAAGUUAUUGUUUCUACGCAAGAAACAAUUCAAGACUUUGAGCAUGUUGAAGUGUUGAAAAAAAAACUGGAAGAUUUUGCCAAAGAUUUAGAUGCAAAUGAGAAACGUAUCAUGAGUAUCAACCAGCAGGCAGACACAUUGGAGGUUGAGGGUCACCCAGAUAUCCAAGUGAUACGGGAGAAACAAUCUGAGGUUAAUGAAGCUUGGGAUAAACUACAUCAACUGGUUACAGUCCGUAGAACGAUUCUGACAAGUUCUCAUGAGAUACAUGCAUACUAUAGGGAUGUGGAUGAAACUGUUCAAUGGAUUGUAGAAAAAGACAAUGUUUUGUCAUCUGAUGAUUAUGGCAAGGAUCUUGCUAGCGUAAAUGCUUUGAAACGUAAGCAUGAUGGGGUUGAAAGAGACUUGGUUGCUCUAGAUGAUAAAGUUCAAAAUCUUGGAAAUGAAUGUGAUCAGCUGAAAGAAAAGCAUCCAGAAGUUGCUGAAGACAUUGAAGCAAAGAAAAUAGAAUUAUUGCAAGCAUGGAGUGGCUUAAAAGAUAAAUCUGACGUGCGAAAAAGCAGACUUGAAGAUUCGUACAACCUCCAGCGGUUCAUAGCCGAUUACAAAGAACUCAUCUUGUUCAUCACAGAAAUGAAGACAUUGAUUGGUACUGAUGAGAUGGCCAAGGAUGUUGCUGGAGCAGAAAUGUUGAUUGAAAGACAUCAAGAACACAAGGGUUAUAUUGAUGCCCAAAAGGAAGGAUUUGAUAAAUUCUUCAACACAGGCCAAGAGUUGGUGGACAAUGGGCAUUAUGCAGCUGAUGACAUUAAAGAGAAGUUGGACAAUAUGGAAAGUGAAAAGACAUCAUUGUACAAGCUGUGGGAUGAACGCAAAUCAAUGAUGGAUCAAAGUUUAGAACUUCAACUUUUCUAUCGAGAUUGUCAAAAUGCUGACAAUCAGAUGGCAAAGCAGGAGGCUUUCCUAACUGAUGAAGAUUUGGGCGACUCACUUGAUGCAGUUGAUGCAUUGAUACGAAAACAGGACGACUUUGCCAAGUCGUUUGCUGCUCAAGAGGACAAGAUCAAAGAUUUGAACGAGACAGCAACCAAGUUGAUUGAAAAUGAACAUUACGCUUCAGAUGACAUUGAGAAACGUAAAAACGAUGUGAACAACAGACGUGCGAAUAUACAAGAAAAAUCGGACAAACGAAGGGAAAUAUUAGAGGAAUCACGUAAGCUACAACAGUUUGAAAAAGAGGCUGAUGAAACAAAAGCUUGGAUCAAUGAGAAAUUGAUGAUCGCCACAGAUGAAUCUUACAAGGAUGCGACCAAUCUUCAAAGAAAACUACAGAAACACGAAGCAUUUAAUGCGGAGUUAGAAGCCAAUCAAAAUCUUAUUGAUUCAAUUCACGAAAAGGGCAAAGAACUCAUAAGCAAUGAUCAUUACGCAUCGAACGACAUUCAAAAAAGAUUGGAUGAACUUGAUGAUUUAUGGAAACAUCUUCUUGAUAAAACACAAGAGAAAGGAAACAAGUUAAAGGAUGCUAAGCAGCAACAGAUGUUCAAUAGGGGUAUUGACGACAUGGAUAUAUGGAUAACUGAUAUUGAGGCACAAUUACAGAAUGAGGAUUUAGGAAAGGAUCUUUCGGGAGUUCAAAACCUUCAAAAGAAACAUGAUUUGAUGGAAGGCGAUAUUAUCACAAAACAAGAAAGAAUUGAUGUUUGUUCAACGCAGGCUGAUCUUUUUGCCGAACAAGAACAUUUCGAUGCUCCUGCAAUUGUCGCCAAGAAAGCUGCUCUGAUGGAGAGAUACGAAAAAUUGAAGGAACCAUUGAAUCAACGAAAGAAGAGACUUCAAGACGCUCAGUGCUAUCAACAAUUUUUGCGAGACGUCGAAGACGAGGAGGCCUGGAUACGAGAGAAAGAACCGAUUGUCUCAUCUACUAAUCUUGGAAAAGAUCUAACUGGAGCUCAGAAUUUGUCCAAGAAACAUCAAGCUUUAAUGAGUGAGAUGAGUGGUCAUGAAACACGAAUUGGCAACGUUAUUGAUUAUGGGAAAAAAAUGAUUGAAGAAGAUCAUUACUGUAAGGAAGAUAUUCAGGAAAAGAUAAACAAUUUAGACACCCAAUGGUCUCAACUCAAGGAGAAAGCCGCGGCGCGCAAAGAGGACUUGGACGAGUCAUUACAUGCUUAUCAGUAUUUAGCUGAUGUCACUGAAGCUGAAGCAUGGCUGACAGAGAAGGAACCACUUGUAACAAGCACGGAUUAUGGUAAAGAUGAAGAUAGUGCUCGUGCUAUGUUGAAGAAACACAACGCUGUAAUGAGUGAUCUCGAGGCUUAUGGUACCGUUGUUGACGAAUUGCGCGAUCAAAGUAAAACUUGUAAGACGAUCACUCCAGUUAAGAAUCUCUCUGACCUUGAAUGUGUGGAAGCUUUGUAUGACUAUGAGCAGAAAACAGCGCGGGAAGUAUCGAUGAAGAAAGGAGAUAUACUUACUUUACUUAACUCUACCAAUAAGGAUUGGUGGAAAGUGGAGACGAACGACCAUCAAGGUUUUGUGCCAGCUGCUUAUUUGAAGAAAGUUGAUAUGAAAACGGUUUCGCAAGAACUUGUAGAGAAAAUGGAGGGUGUUGAAAAGGUUUCUGAACGUCAAGAUGCCUUGGACAAGAAAUAUCAGGAUUUACUUGAUGCUGGCGCUGACCGAAGAAAGAAACUGGAGGAAUCUAUUGAACGACACGGUUUGUUACGAGAGGCACACGAGAUCGAGUCGUGGAUCAACGACAAGGUAGCCGUGGUGACGUCAGAAGAGGUUGGGGAUGACUUUGAACACGUAGAAGCACAAAAGAAGAAAUUCGAUGACUAUCAAAAGGACAUGCGCAUUAUUGAAACUCGCAUUCGAGAAUUGACGGCCAUUUCCGAAAAGCUGAAAACUGAUCAUCGUCGUGAAUACGAGAUGAUUCAAGAGAUUAUCAAACGUUUGACUGAAAAAUGGGAAGAAUUACAACGCUUGUCUGAGGAACGACGACUUGCCUUGGAAAGUGCCCAGGAGAUACAGAAGUUUCACCGUGAUGCUGACGAUACCAAGGCUUGGAUUUCCGAGAAAGAUACAGCGUUGUCAUCUCCUGACUAUGGCCGAGACUUAGCUAGUGUCCAGGCUCUACAACGAAAACAUGGUGUUUUGGAAAGAGAUUUGGCAGCUUUGGAGGAAAAAGUUCGUCAAUUGAACAGCGAGGCAGAUAUGUUGAUGGAAACACAUCCCACGCAUGCGCAAGAUAUCGAAGCGAAACGUGAUGAAAUCUCAGAGGCCUGGGAUGGAUUGAAAGAUCAGGCUGCUUCAAGGAAAGGAAAGUUGGUUGAUUCUCAUGAUUAUCAGCAAUUUCUGAAUGAAUACAGAGACUUGGAAUCCUGGUUGACUGGUAUAAAAGCUUUGGUUUCAUCCGAUGAAUUAGCCAAAGAUGUUGUUGGUGCUGAAGCUUUGCUUGAAAGACAUGACGAAUAUCGAGCUGAAAUUGAUGGAAAAGAUGAGACGUUUCAGGCUUUUAAUAACUUUGGCAAAGAACUUGCAGAGAAAGAGCAUUAUGCUCGACCUGAGAUCGAAGAGAAACUGCAAACUGUUGAAGACGAACGAAAAGAUCUUGAAAAGGCCUGGGCUGAGCGAAAAGAUAAGUUGGAUCAAUGCUUUGAGUUACAGUUGUUUAAUCGUGAUGCGGAGCAGUUGGAAUCGUGGAUGACCCCCCGUGAAGCGUUAAUUCGAAGUGAAGAAGUAGGGUCUCCUGAAGGCGCCGAUAAACUUGUGAAGACGCACGAAAACAUCGAGAAGUCAAUAAAGCAGCAGGAGGAGAAAAUCAAAGCUCUUCAAGAUUACGCAUCAAGAUUAACUGAGAAUAAUCAUUACGAUUCACCUGUAAUCAACGAGAGAGUGGAGUCUGUUUUAGAACGGUGGCAAAAAUUGAAAGCAGCUUUAGUUGAACGUCGCUCUAGACUUGGAGAAAGUCAAAACAUACAGCAAGUUACUCGCGACGCAGAAGAUAUGGAGGCCUGGAUUAGUGAAAAGUUACAAUCUGUUCAGGACGAGUCGUACAUGGAUCCCAGUAAUCUUCAGAGUAAGGUGCAGAAACAACAGGCUUUUGAAGCUGAAAUGGCUGCAAAUGAAGAACGCGUUUUGCAAAUCAUUGCCACAACAAAUCAACUUAUUGAAGAAAAAAAAUGUGCCAGUAACGAGGAAGUAGUAAAAGAAAGAAUAACAAAGCUUCAGGAAGUAUGGGAAAAGUUGACCAAACUAUCACAGUCAAAAUCGAGAUAUUUGAUGGAAUCCAAUCAAGUACAGCAGUACAAUAACAAUGUGAAAGAAUUGGACUACUGGCUUAAUGAGACUGAAACAUUACUAUCUUCUGAAGAUUGUGGUCAUGAUUUAGCCAGUACACAGAAUUUAGUAAAGAAACAUCAACUUGUAGAAGCUGACAUCAUUGCUCAUAAGGAUCACGUGAAUGAUCUACAGGCGCAAGCAGAUAAAUUUGUUGAAAAAGAACAUCAUGACUCAAAGACAAUCAAAGAGAAAGCUGAAACUAUCACCUCUCGUUACGAAAAGAUCACUACAAUGGCGAGCGAACGACGUGAAAAACUUGAUAAAGCCAACGAUCUGCAACAGUUGUGUCGUGAUGUUGAUGAUGAAGAAUCAUGGAUUAAAGAGAAGAAGUUGUUGGCAAGCUCUGAAGAUUAUGGCGAAGAUUUGACUGGCGUUCAGAAUUUGCGUAGAAAACAUCAACGUUUACAGACGGAAAUUCACAAUCAUGAGCCGAAAAUCUUGAGUGUCCGUGAUCGUGGCGUGAUGUUUAUUAACGAAGGUCGUCCUGAUGCUGACGUCAUAAAAGCACGAAUUGACGGUUUACAAGAGAAAUGGCGCGAGUUAAAUGAAAUAACCGGAAACCGAGAGAAGAAGUUGGAACAAUCUUUGGCUUACCAACAGUUUAGUACAAACGUUGAUGAAGAAGAAUCCUGGAUUAACGAGAAAAAUACUUUAAUUACGAGCAGUGAUUAUGGCGACACUUUAGCUGCAGCUCAGGGAUUACUCAAGAAACACGACGCUUUUGAGAAAGAUUUCGAAGUCCAUAAGGAACGAGUGAAAGAUAUUGAGAAAAAUGGUAGAAAUCUUAUAGAUCAGGAAAAUCACGAAAAGGAUAAGAUUGUUUCAAGAAUAGCUUCUUUGAAUAACAAAGUUUCGGAGCUUGAGCGAUUGUCCAACCAUCGCAAGAAUAAACUGUCUGAUAAUUCUGCUUUCUUACAAUUCAACUGGAAAACUGAUGUCGUUGAAUCAUGGAUAAAUGAUAGAGCUGCUUUGGUUCAGUCAGAAGACUGUGGAAAGGAUUUACCCUCAGUUCAAGCACUUAUAACUAAACAGGAAACGUUGGAAUCGGGAUUACAAGCGUUUGAAAAGGAAGGUGUUCAAAAAGUAACCACUCUUAAAGAUGAUUUAGUGAAAGCUGAACAUGCUCAAUCUCCGGAAAUUGUCAAACGCAACGAUGAACUUGUGGAUAGAUGGCAGGGCUUACUUCAAGCAUCUGCUGCUCGUAAAGGUCUUCUUAUGAAGUCGUUGGACAAAUACACAAAGGUUGAAGAUAUGUUCUUAGAAUUUGCUAAGAAAGCGUCAGCAUUCAACAGUUGGUUCGAAAACGCAGAGGAAGAUCUUACGGAUCCUGUUCGCUGUAAUUCCUUGGAAGAAAUUCAGGCUUUACAAGAUCAACACGACCAAUUUCGGGAGUCUUUGCAGCAAGCUGAAAAUGACAUGAGAACAUUGAGGAGGCUAGAUAAACAAAUCAAGAGUUUCCACGUUUCUGUUAACCCUUACACUUGGUUUACAAUGGAGGCUCUUGAAGAAACCUGGGAGAGUUUGGAGAAAAUUAUCCUGGAACGUGAUGUAGAUCUUCGUAAGGAAACAGAAAGACAACGUUAUAAUGAUGAACUGAGACAAGACUUUGCAGAGAAUGCCAACUCGUUCCAUCUUUGGUUGACACAAACACGUUCAGUUAUCGUGGAUUGUCAGGGUGAUUUGCAGGAUCAACUGAAUUUGAUUGAAAAAGAGUCAAAAGAGAUUCAGGAAAAGAGGGAAACAUUGUCUAUUGUUGAAGAUCUUGGAGCAAGAAUGGAAGAAGCAUUGAUCUUGGAUAACAAAUACACGGAACAUUCGACCGUUGGUUUAGCUCAACAGUGGGAUCAACUUGAUCAGUUGGCAAUGAGGAUGCGUCAUAAUCUUGAACAGCAAAUACAAGCUCGUAAGAGAACUGGCGUUCCAGAAGAAAAAUUAAGAGAGUUUGCGAAUAACUUCAGGCAUUUCGAUAAAAACAAAUCACAAUUUCUGGACCACCAAGAGUUUAAAUCCUGCUUGCGAUCUCUUGGUUAUGAUUUACCUAUGGUGGAUGAAGGCCAACCUGAGCCAGAAUUUGAAGCUAUCUUACAGACGGUUGACCCAAAUAAUGAUGGAGUUGUUUCCCUGAGCGAAUAUAUGUCAUUUAUGAUCAGUCAUGAAACAGAGAAUGUUCACUCAAGUAAAGAUGUUGAAGAUGCAUUUAGGGCUCUUACUGAUGGCGCCGACAAAGAUUUUGUUACAGAACAAGAAUUGUACCAAUCUUUGUCCAAACCACAAGCUGAGUAUUGCCUGGAAAACAUGCAGCCGUAUGUGGAUGCACGUGGCCGAGAGGUACCGAAUGCGUACGACUACAAGACGUUCUGUGCCGAGUUGUUUGCAAAUUAGUUUCACGGUGUCUUGAUGAUAGUUAUGACGUCACAUGUGUCUUCAAUGAUUUCAUAAAGUUGUAUUGACAUGUUUAAACUAUAGUAUAACACAGGAUUCAGUUAUUCGAUAUUAUGCCGUAUAGCAAGCUGAAAGCCCCGUUGUUGAUGUUUUUAUUUUAAACUUUAAGACAUGUUUCGAUGUUGAGGGAAUCUCUAAGCGAAUGGUCCCUUCUUGCUUUUCAAUUUUAAUUUUAUUUUGUGAAAUACGGCUAGUUUUUCUUUAAUAUGUUAAUCUCUGAAUAAUUAAGCACUACAGUGAGUUUCCGUAAAGGAGUCGUUUAAAAAUUGCACUGUAAUAGGUUUGAAUGUCUAGUUAUCUACCUUAAGCAAUUCAUCAAUAAAAUUAAACUUUAACAUCA